AUGGCGAUUCAAAUCCAACAGCAAGACGUGGUUAUCAGCAGCCUGUUCAGGGAGUUUCCGAUGGAGAUCAAACUCGACAUCUUUGAGAAACUCGUCGAUAGCGCGUACGCCCAGGUUGCUGCUACCCCUGAGACCUGGAUGGUUGACGGAUGCGAAGAUGCAAUCGACCAGAUCUACAUCAUUAACAGCCACAUCCCAAGCCAAGACAUCCAUCUCCGGCGCUUCCAGCUCAUACGCGUUGCAUCCCAGAUCAACAGCACAACACGCGCCCUUGUCAACCGUCGGCUGCCCCGUUUCCCAAGAUACUACUACUUCACCCUCUCCGGCAGAGUUUCACUGUCCUUACCCAAGGCCACGUCGCUCCGCCACACCUGGGUCUGUCCCGAGCACGACCGCUUCCGCCUUCAGCCCUCCACCAACCGGUACAACGACGACGGAGACAGAAAGAACACCCUGGAGAGCGCGAUCCUGAACGCCAUGGGCAAGACCCUCGAGCACAUGAAGCACAUCCAGAAGGCCCUAUACUCGGACAACCUGUUCUUUCACGCCAGAAAGACCGAGAUCCAGGCGAUCGCGUCGCUGCCGAAUCUCAAGUCCAUCUGCCUGUGGCCCGGCCCCACGGAGCGCCCCAUGCGCCCCGCGGAGCCGCACCUCCACAGCGAGCUGCAGCCCGUCGACCCUAGCAUCUACUUCCUGCUGGCGCAGCAGGACCAGAUACGGCUCCUUUCGCUGUGGAAGCCGCUGUGGGAUGCCGGAGUCCGCAUCACCUGCGGCCGGCACUGGUUGAACGAGGAGAUAGCGGAGAUUGUCCGCACGGACGAGGGGCUGCGCCUGCGGUUCCUACAGGAGGAGUGCAAGUGCUACGAGCCUGCUCAGAGCGAUGGCGAGGGUUCCUAG